AUGUUGGCCCUUUUGAACGCACUCCUGGACAUGAAGGCAUCCCCCGAUGAGAUAAGCUACAGUGCAACCAUCGCGGCCUGUGGCAACGAUUCCUGGCAGAACGCACUGUCAGUUUUCCAGAGGAUGCGUGAACAAGAAGUGCUUCCUGAUAUUAUCUCUUUCUCUUCGGCCGCGCAUGCGUGCGGAGCACAUGGACGCUGGCAGCAAGCUUUCGCACUUUGCUGCUGCAUGCGCCAACAGCUUGGACGUGAGCCCAAUGCAGUGAUGAUGAGCUCGAUGAUCUCUGCUUGUGGUGCCAGCAAAGAGUGGCAGAGAGCUUUCGCAUUGCUCGCGCAGAUGCAAUCUGACACCCUGCAGAUGGAUGUCUUUGUUUAUGGCGCGGCCAUAAACGCAUGUGAAGAAGCAGGUCUGUGGGAGGAGGCCGUGCACCUCCUUGGUGGCAUGAUCACAGCAAGAGUGCUGCCCAACAACGUGUGUUUCAAUGCUGCAAUAAGUGCAUGUGACAAAGGUGGUCAGUGGGAACUUGGACUGGACUUUUUGUUCAACCUGCAGUCAUGGAAAGUGAAAGCAGAUGCAGUCAGCUGCGGGGCCGCGAUAAGCGCUUGCGCACAAUGCCAUCAAUGGAGAGCAGCCCUGACCCUCCUGGAUGGCAUGACUUCCAUGAGAAUCAGAAGAAAUGCGAUCGCUUACACCAGCGCAUUGAGUGGUCUUGAGAAAGCAGGGCAUUGGGAGCCGUUAUUGCUGAUGCUCGCUGGGAUGUCGACGGAAACUUUGCAGCCUACUUUAGCCAGCUAUGGGGCUGCAAUGAGCGCCUGUGAAUCCGUUGGUGCAUGGGCACCUGCACUGAGUUUGCUUCAAGGGAUGAAGUCGCAACGACUUGUUCCCACCGGAUUGAUUGCUGGCUCGCUGGCAGGGGCUGUGCACCAGGGCCUUUGCAAGAAAGCAGCUCUCGAUAUCUUAGAAGAGCUGCGAGGCGUUUGGGUUGAGCAGAGUCCGGAAGCUACUUGCGCGAUGGUUCCAGCAGAUGGUGCUGCGGAUCUCGCCAGUGUGGUGGUUGGCUGGAGUCCUGGUGUCGUGGCUGCGCUGAAGCCUAGCGGCUCAAGGACCGAGGAGCUGGCCGAAACCUUGGCCGAAUAUUUCGGUUGCGAGCUGGCUCUUGUUUCCCGACUGGACCAUCCGACAUCAGGUGUGCUUCCCAUGGCCUUUGGGCCAGAAGGCUCUGUGGCGGCCAAUUGGCUUCAAGCCCAAUUUGCAGCGCGAAUGGUGUACAAGGAGUAUCUUUGCUUGGUGGAAGGCAGUGCAGUGGGAGGCACCGGCUUCACUGCGCAAAUUGAUGCAGCUUUGCAAACGUUUAAACGGGGAGAGCAGCUGCGAACGGAAGUUUCCAGCUUGGGUCGGGAUGCACAGACAGAAUACCAGGUGUUGGGAAGAUAUAGAAUGGAUGCAUCGACGAACGAGAUUCUGUCUUUCCUCUCGGUGCGCCCUCGAACUGGCCGAACACAUCAGAUUCGUGUCCACAUGGCCAGCAUAGGUGCACCAAUUGUUGGUGAUCAGACUUAUGGCAUGAAGAAGGAUUCUGUGCUGCCUUGGUGUGGGCGUCUCUUCUUGCAUUGCCACCGCAUCAGAUGCAAAGACCUCAGUGGACACGAUUUCGAGGCUGAAGCGCCUCUUCCGGCCGAGCUUGAAGAAGUUCUUAGAAGACUUCAGAAAGCUGAGUAG